GUGUCAACAGUAUCAUCACACUCAGUGUUAGACCACUAGCCACAAGCAAGACAAGCGCCAUACAAUUUUCAGCAAAGCUGUAUACUUUAAUAGCCAGCGUCAUAGAUUCUUAAACAAAAACUCAACAGCAAGAAACACCUGCAAUUGUAGAACAGUCAAUUUACACCGUAUUGGAGAAACAACCAUUCCAAUCACAAUGAGUUUUGAAAGUGUACCAUCCAAGUCAGAGGUGAUGGGCUGGAACUCUGGAAACUUGGCGGAUUAUCUUAAAAGAGUGAUUGAAACUGUUGGGGUGUGACAGAGUGGUGAAAAAAAGCAAUAUGAGUGGUGCAAGAUUCUUGAAUAUGACUGAUAAGGACUUUAAGAAGUUCCCCGCAGCACAUAUACCAUUUAUCACAAAGAUCUGCAGAGAUAUUAAUCAGAAUACCAAACAAAAGAAGGGUCUGUUUCAUAGAUCAGAUCAUCGGAUGCCUCCAAACCAAGAACCUAAUCCAGGGGGUUGGGAUUCUGAUGAAUUUGACCAAGAAGGAAGUGACAACGACUAUGAGGAGCCAGAUAAUAAUGAGUGUGAAGACAAUUACAUAUGUGCAGCAUCAUGUGAUAAUGAGGAAGACGUGAAUACUGAUGAUGACUAUGAACCACCUCCUACUGAAACACCUUCUGAAUUACCGUCUCACUUUCGUGUUGCCAAGCCUCUUGGUGAUGGUGAUUAUUUAGACAGCGGCCCACGUGGUUCUGCAAGACCACCCCAGGACAACAGGUCAGGAUCUCUUCCCAGAGGGCUUUUGAAUACCCCUAAGCCUCCAUCACGACCGGAUCCCUCUCCACACAGGCCUUUCAUUCCCUCCAAUCAAUCCAAACCUAGUGUGCCAAAGGUAGAUCGGAGUAAGAAACCUGGCUCAUCUGCACUGCCAAAACAAAAUAUCAGCAAAUCAGAAAUAAAACAAAACACCUUACCAAUGGCUUCAAAAUCAGCAACUUUACCCACACAAAGACAUCACAUUCAACAGAGGGAUGAGUUUCCUCCUCCACCUGUAGAAGUGAAUGUGAUGAUGGGGCAGGACAUGGAUCGACGGUGGUAUGUGGGGCAAAUGUCACGAGCACAGGCCGAAGUCUCACUAAGACAAAUGAAUGCAGAUGGCAGUUUCUUGGUGAGAGACAGUUCAAAGGGCUGCACAGAGCAGCCAUACACGCUCAUGGUGCUGCACCAACAAAAAGUGUACAACAUCCAGAUCCGUUUCCUUGGAAACAAAGAUGGAUAUUCCCUGGGCACAGGCCUAAAUGGUGUCGAGAAUUUCUCCAGUGUCAUGGACAUGAUUGCACAUCACAUGAAGACCCCACUGAUUCUGAUAGACGGAAUGGAGCGUGGAUCAGGACCUAAUCGUCAGUGCUGCCUCAUGUACCCGGCAGGUUUCUGAACCCAUAAAGCAGAAGAAGAAUCUAUGUAAUGCUGACUGGAUUCCAGUGUCAAACAGAGUUACAUGGAAUUCAGACACUUUGUCUGGUGAAAUGCAACAAUUUUAAAGUUAGCAAUCAACACCUGGGGCCGGUUGCAUAAACCUUUUUAGCUAGUCAUCUAAUUUUUUUUUCUUUAAGACUGGUUAGAACUUUUUAAGUCAGUUAUAAAAAGGGAGAAUGGUGUAAUUUGAAUCCAAAAAGUAGGUCUGAUUACCUCUUGGAAAGCUACUAGUUGGUCAAACUAGUUCUUAAGACACAGUCUUAACAUAGUGUUGUUUAUGACUUGUUUAUGCAGCUGGCCCCUGGAUAUGUAAGUAUUGCAAUAUGAAGUCCAUGACUAAAUUAAUAAAUCAUACUCAGUUUAAUUCGAUCCAACAAGACUGUCUACACUUUUUAAAUUAAAAAUAAAUGUUUAAACACUUUCGGUGUUAAAAUCGGUGUUUCGGUGUUAGCUAGAGGCAAUUUUACUUAUUAUUUUACAAUUUUACUUACUCUUAAAAUGUACAUUUGUCUGUUCUAAAUUAAAUAAUCCUAAUGUUUUUUAAUGUUUGAACUGAAUGUUUCCUAUUAAAUUGUGAAGUUUAAGUGAAAAA